CCAAAAACUAUUAGAUAUUGGUCAAUCUAUUCAUUACCGCAGUUUGGGUUAUGAACCUAUCAUUUGCUUAGCUGUUAAUCUGUAAUUAAAAAAUGGAACUGGACAGUAAACUGUGCCGCCUGUGUUUGGGCUCUACUUUGGAAUCAAGCACUUUAUCAAUAAAAGAUGAGGAGCUAACCACAAAGCUGGAUGUUGUGUUUAAUUUUGAAUUUGCAGAAAACGACGAUCUCCCUCGUAGAGUUUGCCUCGAGUGUUGCUCAAAGGUAACUGAGUAUCAUGCUUUUCAUGAAUUAGUUCGCACAAAUCAAACCCAGUUGAGCUGCUUAUCCACUAAAGCGAUAUAUUUGCCUUCACUUGAGGAUAUCAAGACAGAAAUUUUAUUGGAAUCUCCUGAAACAGAUAGCGAGCAAAACAUGCACCAAGAGUUGGAAAAAGAUCACGAAGAGGUAGCACUAGAGUUUACCGAAUGUGAGCCUAGGAACGACGAAUGUGACCAACUAGCACUCAGAAGCCGAUUUGUAAGAAACACUAAACAAACUACAGAUAGUUUCAAACCUAAGAAAGAAUCGAACCAUAACAAGGAGAAAGUAAAAAAAUUAGAUGAAGAGAACAAAAAAAUUCAGGAAUUUUUCACGAUGAAAUGCGAUGUAUGUUCAGAAACAUUUGCAACACUCGAUCAAUUACAACGGCACACUAGAAAACAACACAACAUGCGUGGAAGCAUAAAAUGUUGCAAUCGGGUUUUCUAUAAAAAAUGCAGGAUCAUCGACCAUAUUAACUUUCAUCUGAAUCCGGGCCGAUUUCGUUGUGACAUAUGUAACAAAAACUACAACGAUAAAUAUUACCUAGAUCUGCAUAACCAGAAAAAGCACAAUAAUGAGGUGGAAAAACCAUUCAAAUGCGAUAAAUGUGGAAAAACGUUCGUCAGAGAAUAUCUUCUGAAGGCUCACAUAGCGACGCAUAUUCAGGCAGAAUGUGCCAUCUGUCACAAAAUGCUAGCAAAUAUAUCCACUCUGCGCGCUCACAUUGUUAAUAUGCACAGUGACGAUUCGAAGCAUAUAUGUGAUAGCUGUGGCCAAGAGUUUCGUACCAAAUUGGCAAUGGACCGACACAUAAAACAGCAUUUAGGCAUAAAUCCUAUCGAACGCAUUCAGUGCCACAUCUGCAGCAAGUGGGUUAACGGGAAACCCAAUUUAAAACUCCAUAUAAAAACGGUACACAAUGCAGUGAAUCAAGCGGUAGCUUGUGAGAUUUGUCAGCAAAUCUCUCCAAACCUACGUGCGCUAAGUAGCCAUAAGCGUCGGGUGCACGUCGAGGAAAGAUUUGAAUGUGAAUUUUGCGGGAAGAAAUUCAAGCGAAAGAUCUACCUGAAAGAGCAUCGCGCAUCGCACACGGGGGAAACCCUAUACUCGUGCAACGUAUGUGGCAUGACUACAAACUCCAACGCUAAUUUAUACUCCCACAAAAAAAGUAAACAUCCCGAUGAAUGGAGGGAAGCGAAAAAGAAAGCAAUAGCAGCUGCUUACGGGUAACGACGAUAAUUUCACGUUUUUAAAAGUUGGUCAAACCUGUACCAGGUUUUACAAAUUUUGAAAAUUCUGUUAAUAAUUACACUUUAGGUUA